ACAAGCAAGAAACUUUCAAGAAUGUCGAAAACCGAAUACUAUUCUGAGGAAGAGGAGUUCCAGUGCCCUCUCUGUAUGGAAGAGAUGGAUCUAUCUGAUAGGAAUUUCAGACCAUGCCCUUGUGGUUAUCAG